ACAAAUUAUAUGUUGAGGAUCAAUUUUUAGCCAAAAUUCUCUUGACGUUUCGAUUAAACGUGAUUAUGACAUUUGGCUCACAUCGUAUCUGCGUUUCGUAAAAAUGAGCGACGAAAUAGAAUCGGAUGGUCCACGAGAAAUGCUUGCAGAACACUCUACAGUUGUGAUCGCAGACAUUCACGCUGAUAUGGAUUGUGAGCACCUACACCUACAUACAUCUUCUUGCACAUCUGCACAUUCUAUUCUAAGUUUGAAGCCAAAAAUGUUGCUCAAAGAAACACGUCGUGAUAUAGACGAUAUCGAAAAUAUACCCGACAACAUAAGUUGGAAAAUAAUUUCCAAAAAUUUGGAUAGCUACAUAAUCAAAAAUGAUUACAACGACAAACUGAUCCUACCCGAAUUACUAGAAUGCUCGACAAUAAAAUCCAUGGACAACACACAACGAAAGAAGAGAGAACGAACUUUUUUAUGGAACGAACGAAAGAAGAGAGUAUGGGAUACAGAUCGGCGGAAAAUUUCAAAAUCUGGUAGUGAUUGUGAAAAUAUGGAUGCUAUUGAACACUCAACGUGGUGUCAGGAUAAAAAAAUGAAACAAAGCAUACUAUCGGAAGCAAAUAAAUGUGAUGGGUUUGAUGUGAUCAAGUCAUCCGCACUUUACCUCAAAGGUCAAUUGUUAACGCCCAAACCAACGUUUCCUCGCCGGCAAUACGCGUCUUAUACAAAACACUGGAAAUCACCACCCAAAGCGGACGAUGUUGAAAAUGCAACGAGCAGCUCUGGAAAUGAUUGCAGCUUACGUUCAAGGAAAUAUUUAUGUUAUUAUAAUUAAUGAAUGUUAAUUAUAGUUAAUUUACCUAAUUUAGAUUCGUCCAAUGGAAUAACCAUUCCUUUUCGUUACUAUUAAAAAAUCUUUUAUUAAAUUUUUCUUCAUAUAUAUUGAUGUUAGAAAUGGUGCAUUUAUUCUUUCAUAUCGACUUGAAUUAAAAUAAACGUGUUCUUUCACAAUAAUGUUGACAGAAACACAAACAUAUGUUUGAUUAAGAUCAAGUGUAAGUUUGUAAUUUGUGAUAGUGUAAACAUCACGCUAUUUCAAAUGUUUACAUACGUUUGCACACACAAUUGCUAGUUAGAUUUUGAGUAUUUUGAAACAGACAUUGUAACAACAUCUGCCUAACUUUUCAAAUUAAAAUUUAAGAUGACACUUUCGCCGAUAUCAUUACAAGUUCUUUUGAUAAUAUUGUAAGUAAAUUGCAUUUUGCGAA